AUGAGUAUCAGAAUUUCAACCCCUUUGGGCGGCAACUUAUCCACGUUGUACGUGGGCUCGUUACUUCCCUUGAGUAACUACUGGUGGGCACCCUAUGGGGUGUGCUACAUACAGUUUCUGAAGCGGGCGUUGGAGGAGAUCAACAACUCAACGGAUAUUUUACCUGGGUACAGGCUGGAACUGGUAGCAGGUGACACACAGGGAGUGGCAGGUCUAGGUGUGAAGCGGAUGGUCGAGAUGCUGGAAUCCAACGUGCCAAAAAUAGCCCUGAUUGGCAUUGGUCUGUCAGACGAAAUGUCGCUGAUUGGUCAGGUUGCACAGUAUUUCAACACCCCAGUGCUCUCAUUCGCAGCGACGACCUCUCACAGCCUUGACCGUGACCUCUACAAGUCCGUGUACAUCACCAACUACCUGGGCGAGUCGGUCAACCCUGCCAGGAUAGCCAUCAUGAAGGCCUUUCAUUGGACGCACGUGGCCACACUUGUCUACAAGGACCAGGUCUUUGAAACGCAAAUCACGAACUUCCACACCUACUUGGCCGUAAACAAUUUUACACUGGUGACGUCAGGGAUUAUCACAGACCCCGACCAGAUCUCGGAGCACAUGAUUAGGCUGAAACAAUAUGACGCACGGAUCAUCAUGGCGGCGUUUAGAAGUAACUUGGCUCCUUACGUUUUUUGCCAGGCCUACAAGCACGGCAUCUAUGGCAAAUCCUACCAAUGGAUCCUGACAGGGGACAGCAUGUACGACGGCUGGAUUGGUACAUUUUUCAAGGGGCAACAACCCCUGCCCUGCUCCAGGGACGAGGUGGUCACAGCCAGUAAAAAUUAUCUGGUGGUCGAUAAUGUUUACCUGCGGCGUGACGUCAACACGUCCACCAUCUCAGGGAAGACAGCGAUUGAGUACAGCACAACGAUCGAGAAAUGGGCGGGCAAGUUGAAACUGUCUAGAACCCAUCCCUAUGGAUACGACGCUGUCUGGGCACUGGCAUUAGCCCUCAACCGUACCCAGGAGAAACUGACCAGUGGUGUCCUGAACCAAACGGUCAGUUUGUCAGACUUCAACUACACACGAUCUGAUCUGUUUGACCUCAUGAUACAGAGCUUACAGGAGAUCACAUUUGAGGGGGUGUCGGGCACUGUAGCGUUCAACGAGUAUGGCCAGAGGAUGGGACCCCACGACAUCGUGUUGUUUUACAACGACAGCAAGACGUUGGUAGGAGAGAUCAAGGGCGUGGAUGGUCUUAAUUGGUCGGUGCCGAUAGACCAGCUUUUUGAAGGGAGACAACCUCCACGCGACAGAUUCCAUUACGUGAUGAUGAAGCUACCUCCUAGCGACACAGCUGUUGUCAUUGUUCUGUUGAUCAACACCUUAGGUUUCCUGGUGGGGGUCGGGUUUCUUGUCUUCAAUAUCCUCUACAGAAAUAACAGGCACAUCAAGAUGUCAAGCCCAGCCAUCAAUAACAUCAUCGUUAUGGGAUGUCUGCUCAUGUAUGUGUUCGUGUAUGUGCUGACGUCAGAUUACGCCAAUUGGUUCUCAGACACCAACAGCGUCAUAUGCAUGGUGAGGCUGUGGCUGGCUUGUAUCGGGUUCACGCUAUCGUUUGGCGCUCUUUUCUCAAAGACAUGGAGAGUUCAUGCCCUUUUUCGUAAUGAUCAAAUCAAAAGGAAGGUCAUCAAAGACCUUCACCUGUUUAGCCAAGUUCUUGUCCUUGUCCUGGUGGACAUGGUCAUCCUAGUGCCCUGGUCAACGCUACAUGCCCUGGUCAAGACAGUCUACAGACUACAGGUCGAGGGUCAGUCCACAGGAGACGAGCUCGUCACAUACACAUACACGGGCUGUUCACACGAGUUUGAGGUGUACUGGUACAUGGCCGAGUACAUCUACAAGGGUCUUCUCCUGGUCUUUGGUGCCUUCCUGGCCUGGGAGACACGCAUGGUGACGAUUCCAGCAUUGAAUGAUUCUAAGCUAAUUGGCUUCUGCAUCUACAACAUCGCCAUCGUCUGCGCCUUUGUAGUUCCGGUGACCUACGUGCUGGGUCAGGAAAGAAAGACCUUGACCUUCAUUCUCGUGGCUGUCUUCGUCAGUCUCUGCACAUCGCUGGUGCUGUGUAUAUUGUUUAUACCGAAAGUGCGCCUGAGGAAUCAGGUCGACGACAGGCGUUUCGUGACGUCACUCAACACCCAACAGCCCGCCCCCGGCUACGGCCAGGGUCGGGCCGAGGUGAAGAAGGACCUGCUCAACGUGCCGAGCAAAUCCCGCCCCAGCAACGGUAACUCGCUUGUCAAAUCUCGCCACGAGAGCAGCUGCGAGAGUGUGUUCACAGGUCAGGGGCAGGCUAUGGCCGGUUAUGUUAAAGGUCAAGGUCAUGCAAUGUCCAGUUGCGUUGAAGUGGAAGAAGUCUCCUCGUCCUCCGUCAAAGCUGACGGCGCCAGUAGUGGCGACAUCUAUGACGGCGGAGACUGCAGGGCCGAGGGUGAUCUGAGAGCGGAAGUCAAUCGUCUGAACCUCAUGCUUGCAGACGAAAUUAAGGCAAUAUCUCGCCUACGGACAUCUUUACUGCGAGAAACCAACCAGACGGUCAACUUCCAUAAAAUAGGUCACGAUUACGUCAUCUUUAAGGCAAAUGCGCAACCGGAUGUUGUAGGGACGACAGUGGAAAACAUAAAAGAAUCUGAAACCUAGUUUAGAAAUGUCACUUCUUGUCAGAAAGAAAAUAACCUCCGCGACUGGUUCAAAUUACAGCAGACAUUUUGUAACUACGAAAGAUAACUCUUAAUCAUGAAACAUGGAGUAGGGGAGACUAUAAUUCGUAAUCAAUUUAUUUCCCUUGUCGCAGUAUCUAAAUACUACUUUACUUUAGUAUUAUUAAUCUGCACUAUUGAUAGGGAAAAAAUUAUAUAAAGAUUCAUUUAAAAAUGUGGAUAUUUUCAAUAACGACUUGAGAUUGAAAACAGCAUUUAAAAUAAAUAUUUUUAGUUGCCUCGUUGAAAUCAUUAUAGUUGAACUCUGGGAAGGUCCAGUAGAGUUAUGUCCCUUUAAGUGUGACAGUGAAGUUGAUUAUACGGCACAAGGUUAAAAAACUUGUGGAUAUUUUAGCAAUGAUAUUGCUAAAACCAUAGUCGACAGUAAGCAAUUAGAAGUAGGCACACGCGGUCCCUAUGGAAACUACAUUUUUAUUUCCUAACUAGCAGUUUGGCUAGUGACUGCCAAACAUGUUCUAGUCUUGUAAAGAGAAUCCAAAUAUUUUAGGUCAAAUCUUUCAAUGUUUCCAAGAAACAGUUAAAGGACAUUAUAAUCACAAUUUCCCUGGGUCUACCUAGCUCUGAUGGAUACUUGGCUCACGUAAAGUAAAGGUGGCUGGGUACACCAUACCUUUAUAUGCCGAGGUCACAGAAACAGGUAAACUCUAAUAACUUGUUCCAUAGACUGUUAAGUUUGAAAGGGAACUUAACUGCUUCACUUUAAUUUACCUGUAAUGG